UUGAUACCUAACUUUAUGAUAACGAUAUACUAGUAUCAUAAGUAUGCGCUAUAACAAAUCAACACGAAUUCAAAAGUUAUUUGGAAUUUCAUAAGCAUUUUAAUUUUAUUUCGAAGGAAGUAAGGAGAUACUUUAGAGAUUCAGCAACUUAAUUUGCAAUGACAUCAAAACGGAACAAGAUUUUACUUGGGGCAGCUGGCACAGUAGGGGCAGGAAUUUUAUCAUGGCGAGCAUUUUUCCCAUGGAUAGGCUACGAUCUGACCAUGAUGAAACAUGGAAGAAAAGCUGGAAAAAUGAUAUUGAGGGACAAUGAAAUUGGGCGCUACCUUAUAAACAUGUUUGAAGAAGCUGUUGCCAAACACCCUAAGAAGCCAUUUGUAAUCUUCGAGGACAGAGUGUAUAGUUAUGAGUUCAUGAAUGACCAGGCAAACAAAGUGGCAAAUAUAGCGGCAAAAUGGGGGCUGAAACUUGGGGAAUGUGUUGCUAUAAUGAUAGAGAAUGAACCGUCUUUCAUCUGGACAUUUCUUGGUUUACAGAAGCUUGGUAUAGCUGUUGCAUUUAUCAACUUCCACAUUAGAGGACAGCCAUUGAUACAUACAAUAAAGGCGUGUGAGGCAAAGGCCCUCAUUAUUGGUCCAGAUGAUCAGAUAUUUCAGUCAGUUGAGGAAGUGAGACACGAUAUUGGACAAAUACCUAUAUAUGCUCAUGGACGUGACCGUGGUACAGGCUAUGAAUCCUGGGAUAGUUUAAUGUUUAGUACAUUUCCAGUACCUGUGUGUCCCAGUGUGAGACAAGGGAUGGGAUUCAGUACACCCUGUUGUUACAUCUUUACCUCAGGAACCACUGGUUUACCAAAGCCUGCAAUCAUCACUCAAGCAAAAGGUGUUGGUAUCAGCAAGUUCUUCCAACUUUUUGAUUUCAUGCCAUCAGAUAUCCUCUAUACAUGUACACCACUGUAUCAUAGUGCUGCCGGGGGACUAGGGCUCAUGAACACACUAGAUCAAGGUUCUACAAUGGUUUUGAAACGGAAAUUUUCUGCUCAUCAAUACUUUGAAGAUGUUCGAAAACACAAUGUGACAGUGAUACAGUAUAUAGGAGAGCUCUGUCGAUACCUUCUGACAGUACCUGAGAGUCCGUUAGAUGGUAAGCAUAAUGUGAGAGUCGCUGUUGGAAAUGGGUUAAGGUCAGACAUAUGGGAGACCUUCAAACAGAGAUACAAUAUUCCAAAAAUCUGUGAAUUCUUUGGGGCAACUGAGGGAACAAUAGCUUUAAUGAAUCUUAGCAACCGUACCGGAUCCUGCGGCCGAUAUUCUCCUCUUAUAAACAGGCUGGAUCCUACACCAAAGUUGCUGGUUAAAGUUGAUGUAGACACAGGAGAUGUUAUUAGAAAUAAGAAUGGACACUGUAUACAAGUCAAAGCCGGUGAACCAGGCCUGUUACUUGGUGGUAUACCACAUCAUUAUGGGGACAUGCAAUUCUAUAAAGGUGGUAGGGAAAUAAAUGAAAAGAAAUUGUUGAGAAAUGUGCUGAAAGAAGGAGACUGUUACUUCAACUUUGGAGAUAUGUUGACAAUGGAUUCAGAUUACUUUGUCUACUUCAAGGAUAGACUUGGUGACACAUUCAGGUGGAAAGGGGAAAAUGUUGCUACUUACGAGGUAUCAAACGUGUUGACCAAGCUUGAUGUUAUUCAUGAUGCUAAUGUCUAUGGAGUUGAAGUUCCAGGAUCUGAAGGUCGGGCAGGUAUGGCAGCAAUUCAUUUAGAAAAUAAUGCAGAAACUUCACAGAAAAUUCUUAAAGACAUUUUUCUUCAUGCAAAAGAGAAUUUACCAAGCUAUGCUAGACCGUUGUUUCUACGAUUUCCUAAAGAACAAGCUGUAACAACAACGCUAAAACAACAGAAAACACAACUGAGAAAAGAAGGCUUUCAUCCACAAGAUAUUGACGACCCAUUGUUUUACUACGAUGAUCAAAAUAAAACUUAUUCCCCGCUUACCGUAGAAACAUACGGUCAGUUUCUUACAAAAUCAAAGCUAUAGGUCUGGAACUGUUUGGAAGGGCAUGGAAUUGUUCUAUAUAUAUAUGUAGUCCCUGGUGGGAUCCACACUUAAGAGAAGAUGAGAUAGAUGUAACUUCAUAUUAGCUGUAAUAAAAGUUUGUUAAAAAUGUCCGAUAAAAUGAAUACUCUAUCUUGAUAGUUGCUCACUUCAAAUAAUUAGAAAUAUGUUUGAUUUUAUUCUCAAUGUUUAGGUUUUGUGUGUAUUUUAUUUACAUGCACUUAUAAAUUCUUAAGACAUUUCAGUGAUCUCAGCUUUUUUUUGCGGGAGAAAUAUUGAUUAAAAGUAUUAAAUCUCAUCUACUCUACUUUGUAUGGGUGUGUUAUCUCAAGCUUCUAAACAUGUUGUAUAACAGUAUCAUUAUAAACACUACAUUCCAACGAUAACAGAUGUUAUAAACUGUAAAUAGUGUAUAAACUGUUUAUAAACUGUUUUGAUAUACAUGUAUGUUAUUUUUUUAUUUGUCAACUGUGUUAACAUAUAAUAGAAUUGCAUAAGCAUAUGAUGGAAGUAUGAAAACAUAUGAUGGCACUUUACACAGAUAAUCUGAUGUUAUACAUAUUGCUGCUGACAUAUUGUAAAUGUUUGUUCAGAUUCUGCUAUAAUAUGUUAAGAUAGAUAAAAUCUUGAAUACCUUUUCAGUAUUUUGAAUAACAUUUAGUUUUU